UUUAUUUUUGUUAUCUAACACUAUUUUCGAUUUCCUUUCCCUUUCAGCUUCACUAAACCCUUUAUUUGUAUUUUUUAACGUCACUGAGAGUGAAGAAAUUUGGGGGAAGGCGAAAGGGGGAAGAAUGGAGAACUUGUUUCAGCAAUUUUGAUUCAAAUGCCAGAAGGGUUUCUUGUCUUGCUUGGUAUUCAUCCUUUAAGCCAUUGUUAUUAAACAAAGACUUCUGCAGUCAAUUUGUCCGAAAGCUUCGAAUAAGAAAUUCUGCAAAUUGGCCCGUAUUCGUUAUUCAAAAGAGGCUAGUUUGUUCAUCCGACUAAUAAUUUUCGAACGAUGAAUGAUAUCAAUAACCUUGCCGAGCAUCUUAAGGAUAUUUAUCCCGAGUACGGUGAUCUCGACGCCGAAGAGGUUCUUCUAAUGCAGGAGAGCGCUUUUCUCUAUAUCGAACACAAUAAACAGAAAGGGAUCGUAGCGUCCGAUUCCGGCGAAACGAGCAAUAGUAGUUUCGUUUUGACGCACGAAAGCGAAUCGUCGUCGUACGGCGCGAGCGUCGACCGGCAGCUGGCUUUGGAUGAAGACUUUGCAAGAGCCUUGGAAUUGGGUGAGGAUUUCAACAAUUUAUACGAUCGAGAACGCGACGAUGCUUGUGCACCCGAGAUGAUUUCGGUGUUACCUACCGAGACAACCGCCGGUUCGACUUCGAGAGAAACCGUACGUAGGGUUGAGAGUCGUAACAUAACGCAAGAUGACAUUGAUCCCGACAGAAUGACUUACGAGGAACUUCAAUCGCUCGCGGAAGCCGUCGGGAGCGAGAACAGAGGACUUACGCCCCAUCUCAUAUCGCGUCUACCGACUUGCAAAUACAAGCUCGGAUUGUUCUCGAAGAAAAAGAAACGGGAAAACGAUGAGUGUGUGAUUUGCUAUUCGAAUUACAAAAAUGGCGAAAAAGUUACGACUUUGCCCUGUGUUCACCGGUUCCAUUACGGCUGCAUCACGCCGUGGUUGCGACAAAACAAGCAAUGUCCGAUUUGCCAGAAAGAGGUGCAAGACGAGUAGUUUGUCGACCCGGUCGAGCAAGAAACACACACACAUAUACCUACACAUAUAUAUAUAUAUACACCCUAUGAUAUCACUUUGCUUAUCGAAUUCGACAGGGAUUUUAAUUUGCUGCUGGAGAAAAAAACUUGUAUUAUAGAGACAUUCGAUGUAAUGGUCUGUUCAUCGUACUAAGUUUGAAUAUGGCUAUGGCUUCUUGAUGGCGUUUGUAAACCAUAAUAUAUAUAUAUAUAUAUAUAUGUAUAUGCAUGAAUGUGUAUGCAAGUCUCCUGGAUUUGUUAAUGUU